AUGCUCGCGUGUGCGCGUCCUUCUCUCUCCCACGCAGCUCCCGACAUUUUUCCACUGCGCGCCGCUUUCCCCGCACGGUACUGGCACAAUUCUCCCCGCGCGUCUCAUCCGCACUUGCGCGCGCUUCACAACCUGGGAGUGGACGAACCGACGUUUCUGCGGGCGCGGUUAACGGAGCGGCCUGUACCGGGGCAGGCGCGAUGGCAGCCGCCUGCGGGGCAGCCGAGCCGCUGCUUCUUGCCACGUCCGCUGACGUACAGCUCGAGCAUUGCUGACGUGGAUCCUGACGAGAUAGCGCAUGUGUGGUACCACACGCUCAAGGUGGAUAGGGAGCCGAGGAAGGUGAUGAAGGCCAUGCGCCACAGCUACUCGAUCGUGGUGGUGAUGGACGAGUCGCAGCGCAGCCUCUCAGGCAAACGUGGCAAGACCAUUGGCGUGGGAAGAGCCAUAUCCGAUGGAUCCUUUGUGGCCACCAUCUGCGAUGUGGCAGUGCUGCCUGAGUAUCAGCAGAAGGGCGUGGGCAGACGAAUCGUUCGGAAGCUGAUCCAGGACAUGCAGCGAAGGGGACCCAGUGGGUAUGCUGUCUUCCCCCCUCCCCUCGCUCGCCGCUUUUUCUGGAUGAUGGGCUUCAGAUACGAGCGCAAUGUGCAUGAUUAG